UCAGAAUGAACCCAGCCUUGCGUAUUGCACCACCUCGCCUGAUAGUAGUUGGCGAUGAUGUACCGGACAUGAGGCUUGUAUCUCUAUCUGGUGACGUCACAACUCUUUCUGAUCUUCAUAUCAACAAGGAUAGACCAAUGUUGAUCAUGGCUUCAUCAGCUUCCUGACCCCCGCUUAGGGCCUGUGUAGUAGGUGGUACGCUUGCUGAAAUUGUUCGCGACUACCGAGGCCAGGUCGAUUUCCUAGCUGUCUAUCUAGCCGAAGCUCACCCGAUAGGACCUGCUGCGAUGGGAACCAAUAUAAGUCACAUUGAUCAGCACAAAACCCUUGAAGAAAGAAUUUCUGCUGCAAAAGAUCUUCUACAGAUAGAUGAAGAAACACACGAUUGCAUGACCGAUGACGUCACUAAUGUUUCACGGUUUCGCAUCGUCGCUGAUCAGAUGGACAACCUCUUCUCCAGAAUGUUCCAGGCGCACCCAGAUCGUGUGAUAUUUCUACGAGAUGGCAAAGUGGUUUACAUCGGCAAGACUGUCAUGGAACACAUGAUGAAACCGUUAGAAUUGAUGACGCAUGAAGCACGAUAUUGGUUAGAAAAGAACGUAGGUCCUCCACUCAACAAAUAAUAUACACAUGGUCAGAUCGGUUCUAUAUAUUGAUAAUAAAAAUGCAUAAACAUUAAAAAUUGCUCUUUAAUUCAUCCAUAAUGUUUUCUAGACGUGUACUCAGUUUUGUGGGUACGUGAGUGAUUUACAGCCCAAGGCCGCCAAGCAA